GUAAUCUUAAACAUCGUUUCAGCUUUCGCAUUCGCCCUCAAUAAUUUCCUUAAGUUCGGUCAGCGGUAAUCGGAAAGAGAGAAUCUCGGAAGACGUUAAGGCAGUUUUGGCAAUUUAAUGCAACUGGGAUUCUUUAAAUAUUUCUGAUACCAAAACAGGUGCCUUUUAUGGUGGCUUUGUUUUUGUUAAGGAAUAAUAAAUAAGGUGGGAUUGAAUUUCCUUGAAAGUCGGGAAAGGGAGGCAUGCAUGGAAAGAGUAAGACAACUGUCAGGAAUAGGAGGCCAUUUGGUAGGUAUAAAAUGUGUAUGGCGUCAUGUUACAUUUUACACUUUCUUCUUCUUCUUCGUCUCUCUCCUCGGUUUCAUCUCACCACAUUAUACUUCCAAAAACAAUGCAUUUCUUUUUCAGUGUAUCGGUUAUGACGCUUUACUUAAAAAGAAAGAAGCUGAUGAUUUGAUUCCUCUGUUUUUUUUUUUCUUAUCGAGAGUGUGUUUGUGUGUUGUUUUUCUGUUCUGUGCAUGCCCGAUCGAACACUACUCUCCUUAUCUUCGUCUUCGUCUCUACGUGCUUUGGCUUUUUGUAACGGCUAUCAUCAAAAAGCCCAUCACCCAAUUUCCCCUCUCUGCACUAAAAGUUAUCGUCAACUUAACCCUCUUCUCUAUCUGUAAUUUUCCUUUCUUCUUGCUUAAUUUUGCUUCCCUUUUAACUCAGUUUCAACUUAGGACAAUUUUAAGUUUAUUUCAUGUUUGUUUUAAUGUGUUAGUGAACUUUGAGGUGGGUUUGAUAAGUUAAUUUUGAUCGAAAAACUAUGGCUUCGAUUCUCCGAUUUCGUAAGCUCUGUUAUGUUGAGCCAGUGAAGUUUCAAUCCUUUGAUGAAUCCUCAAAACUUGAUCAAAAGCUUGAUAAGAAAGAAGAUGAUAUUAAUGUAAUUUUAACAGCUAAGAGUGUGUUGAAAAUCAAUAACAAGAAUAAAAAGUACACCAAAAAGCCGUCUAAAGAGUGGAGGUGUGUGGAUACAUGUUGUUGGAUGAUUGGCUGUUUGUGCACAACUUGGUGGUUUCUCUUGUUCUUGUACCAUUGUUUUCCGGCCACAUUGCCCGGCUUUCAAGUUCCUGAAUCGCCUGGAGUGAGGCUCAAGCGUGAUGGCUUGAUGGCUCACCACCCCGUUGUUUUGGUGCCUGGCUUUGUGACUGGAGGUCUAGAACUCUGGGAGGGCAGGCCUUGUGCUGAAGGCUUGUUCCGGAAGCGGCUUUGGGGCGGUAGCUUCACUGAAAUCUUUAAAAGGCCCUCAUGUUGGUUGGAGCACUUGUCUCUGGACAAUGAGACUGGUCUUGAUCCACCAGGGAUUCGAGUUCGUCCAGUUCCAGGGCUGGUUGCAGCUGACUAUUUUGCUAAUGGGUAUUUUGUGUGGGCUGUACUUAUUGAAAAUUUGGCAAAAAUUGGUUAUGAGGGGAAGAACUUGUAUAUGGCUGCCUAUGAUUGGCGGCUGUCUUUCCAAAAUACAGAGAUUCGGGACCAAGCUCUUAGUAGAUUGAAGAGUAAAAUUGAGCUAUUGUAUGUAACCAAUGGCUAUAAGAAAGUAGUUGUGGUGCCCCAUUCAAUGGGGGUUAUCUAUUUUCUACACUUCCUUAAAUGGGUUGAAACACCUCCUCCCAUGGGGGGUGGUGGUGGUUCAGGUUGGUGUGCGAAGCAUAUCAAGGCAGUUAUGAACAUUGGUCCAGCUUUUCUGGGUGUUCCAAAGACAGCUAGUAAUGUAUUCUCAGCUGAGGGCAAAGACAUUGCUUGUAUCAGAGCUAUGGCGCCUGGUGUUUUGGAUUUUGAGAUUCUUGGACUCCAAACUCUGGAACAUGUCAUGCGGGUAUCUCGAACAUGGGAUUCUGUCAUUUCCUUGAUGCCUAAAGGCGGAGAAACAAUCUGGGGUAGCUUGGAUUGGUCUCCAGAUGAAGAGUAUGCUUGCCCAUCAGUAAAGAAAGCACGGUUUGUGCCAUCUUCAAAUGACAAAAAUGCCAACCACAGUAACAUAAAGACGGGCUUCCAAGUAAAAGAAACUGUUAAGUAUGGAAGGAUUAUCUCUUUUGGCAAGGCAGAAUCGGAAUUACCUUCUUCACAGAUCCCUAAUUUUGAUACAGAGGAGUUUUUGCACUCAAGUACCUUCAAAAAUGUUAACUCUUCAUGCGGAGAGGUCUGGACUGAAUAUGAUGAGAUAAGCAGGGAAAGCAUCAGGAUGGUUGCAGAGAAAAAAGUUUACACUGCAAAAAGUCUUCUUGAUCUACUUCGAUUUGUCGCUCCAAAAAUGAUGCAAAGAGCUGAGACUCAUUUCUCUCAUGGGAUAGCUGAAAAUCUAGAUGAUCCUAAAUAUGCCCAUUUCAAGUAUUGGUCCAAUCCACUGGAAACCAAGUUGCCUGAUGCACCAGACAUGGAGAUACACUGCUUAUACGGUGUUGGUAUUCCUACUGAAAGAUCAUAUGUCUACAAGCUAUCACCUACAAAUAAGUGCAAAAGUAUUCCUUUUCGGAUAGAUAGCUCAGCCAAUGGAGGUGAGGGCAGCUGCUUGAAAGGCGGUGUGUACUUUGUUGACGGAGAUGAGAGUGUGCCCGUUCUUAGUGCUGGGUUCAUGUGUGCUAAAGGGUGGAGAGGAAGAACCAGGUUCAACCCUUCCGGCAUUGCAACAUACAUCAGAGAGUACAAGCACAAGCCACCAACUAGCCUUCUGGAGGGGAGGGGUAUCGAGAGUGGAGCACAUGUUGACAUUAUGGGUAAUGUUGCUUUAAUUGAAGAUGUACUGCGAGUUGCAGCUGGAGCCUCUGGAGCUGAAAUUGGAGGUGAUCAGAUUUACUCUGAUAUCAUAAGAAUAUCUGAGAAAAUAAGUCUUGAGCUAUGAGUACAUUCUAAAAAUGUUACAAGAGAAUAAGUCUUCAGCUGUGGUUAUGUUAAGAAAGAGAGGAGAACCGACUAAAAGUGAAGUUGCAGAAAUGAGAGUUUCUUGACAACUAUCAUUAACUACCAAGUAUAAAUAAAACCACCAUAAGGCAGGCUUGGCUACGUGAAGAAAUAACUGGGGAGCAAAUGAGCAAGUACAGAAUCAACAGCAGAAGAGGAACUGUUGAUCAAAUUUUUGUGCUCGCGCUGGAGAUAGAAAGCACAGGUUCUAUGUUUUUCUUACCGAAUGUUUCAAAUUUCGCAGGUUUUGUGAUAUAAAUAAAUCACAAUUUAAAAACAUUUCCUUCAGCAAAAAUUUUGCCUAAUUUGACAUAAUGUUUUGACUAUCUUGGGAGA